AUGGCAACCAAAACAGCCACUCCACUCAAAACAACACUUCCAACCCCAAACUUAGCCUCUGCUCCAGAGUCAUCAGCAAUCGGCAUCGGUCCCUCGGCCGCCUCGGGCGAUAACACUCCCGGUGAACUCGCCACCGAGGGAACAACCCCGGAAGGCGCCUCGGCUGGUGGCGCGGAACUCGAUGAAAUGCCCAUUACUGGUCCCUCAGAAACCCCCGGCACCUCCGCCGGAGAACUCACCGGAGGUGAACUUCCGACCACUGGAGGAACAGGGGCGAACACGGGUGGCGAAGAAACUGGGGCCUGUGUUGGAGGGACGGGACCGCGAGACGGUGAACUCGCCGGAGAAUGUACCGGAGAUUUCACCGGAGGAGAGUGCACCGGUGAAAUCACCGGCGAUCUCGAAAUCUUAGGGAGUGAAGUGGGUGAUGAAGAAGGAGCAUAA